GGAAUGGAAUGUUAAUAUACUUGCAACCAAUGUGAUUUCAACAUUGUCAAACAAUGCACCCAUUAAAAUUGGUAAUGAUAGGACCAACCGAGAGUGGGAAGACCACAAUAGCGAAUUUUCUGGCAGAUGCUACGGAAAUUCCAUAUGAUUAUCAUCCAACUCAAGGUGUUCGAAUAUUAGAAUUUGAAAUUAAUGAUAUUGAAAUGAAUAAUGAGCGCAUCUCGAGAGAUCUCGAGCUGUGGGACUGCAGUGGAAAUCACAAAUUCAAGAAUUGCUGGCCAGCUAUACGUAAGGAUGUACAUGGCGUGAUACUUGUAUAUAGCGCAAAAAUGCAGGAUUCUUCGAAAAAAUUGAGAGAAUAUUAUGAUUAUUUCGUUAGCGGAGCUAAAUUAGGGCCAAAUAGUUGUGUAAUACUCUUCUUUGAUCCUGAUAAUACAUCAAGCGCAUCGAAAAUUAUUUCAUCUAGUUUCUCAAAUGUCUCUCAUGUCAAGUGUAACGUGGACGACGGUGGUGAUAAAUUAAAGACCGACUUUCGAUUGUUUCUAAGUGCUCUAAUGACAAAACUGCACGAAGACAAAGAAGAAAAACUGAUAUUAAGUGACAACAUAUUAUUUGCUAAAUAGUAUGUUCAUUUUUUUGUAACAAUUAUAUAAACGAUAAAAAAUAGCACUCUUGUUAUUAAUAUAUCUA